AGCGAAUACCUACCAGCUUCGGAGGGCUUCUUGUUCUCAAGGUUGCAAUGAGCAAAAGAAAUCAUGAAGAUCAUGAAAAGCACGGUUCCUCACGCAAACAUCGACGGGAUAGCCGCUCACGUUCACAUGAUAAAGACAAAGAACUGCGCAUUCAAAUGAAGCCUUUGAUGCUUUCUUCAGAUAAUGAAUUAACUCGACAAAAUGAGAUUAGCUACAUCGAAGGUUCAAGUUUCACACAGAAAAGUUUCUCUUCUUCGCGUAAACAAGACACACUACUGAAUCCGGAUUCACAUUCACGGUCGACAGGUGUCAAUUCAGGUCAAUACUCCUCAAUGAUUUUGGAAAGAGCACACGAAGCGGCUAUAUUUGGUCAUUCUUCAGUUCCUUUACCUUCCAUUCUUGGUACAGAUCCAGCUGAGGGCAAAGAUAAACUAGUUUCUUCUGUGGAUACAGUGAAGCAACUACUUCAUCAUUCGCUGGAUAAAUCCGAUCCUUCCACAUGGGAUGCUUGGUUGUUGAAACUUGCUGAAUUUAAGGCACGUCGUGCAAAUAAGAUUUCAUCUACCAUAAACACAAAUCAGAAAAAGAGAAUUAAUGGAAUUGGAUAAUAAAGUAUACUUUUCUUAUAACUUACUAAUGGUUAGAUCUAUUUAAAUCAUUAUAGUUUUUAUUUCCUGCGAAUACAACAUGUACUUUUUUAACGUAUUCUUUUUAUGAAAUAUUACUACGAAUAAAUAAAUGUAAAUCAA